UAAAAAGUAAAUACAACAAAUACCGUUCACAGCUACGGCUACCAACUUACAUUUAUUAAAUUGCAAUAAAAAUAGCUUUGAAAUGUGAAUGAACAAAUAAAAAAAGUUAUGAUAAAGUAUAAUAUGUACUAAACAUAUCUUGUUGUUUAGUGUAUAGCUUGUGUGAUUUUGGCAAGUUGUAAUGUCUUCGUUGCAUACAUGGAUAUUAGCCAGAUACCGAAUGUGCAAAGUAAAACUGAGGCAAUAAUGUAAAAAUGCGGUCAUGCUACAAAACUGCUACUCCAAACUGUGACAAAAAUUCCGAAACAAAAUUAUUGAUUCCGCAACAUUUUUCCAUCAUCAGCAGUUUUGACAACAUUACGAAUAGCAACCUACAAAAGAGGUUAGUUAUCAUUAACCCACAACAACAUAGGCGAUCAUAUACAAAGCGUGAGCCAAUUAUAAUAUUUAUAAUGCGCUUAAAUCUAAAGGCAGUAUUACUCUUACUAACAAUAGCCGUGGUGGUUAUAACAUGUGCUGUUUAUAUGCGUUGCGCCGAAUUUAUAUUUCCUCGAGAUUUGGUGCGGCAUUGGGAUCCCAAGUUGUAUGCUGUAGGCAGUAGCUCAGAUCUGAUCAAUAAUAAUAUUGGCGAUGACGGUGGUGAUGGUGCAAAUGAAAACUCAGUUCCAUUACAGGACAUCAAGUGCCUAAUAAAUCAAGAGUAUACCAUAAGUUGUAAACGUGAUGAAGAGGCGCGUGAAGUGUACGUGCCGUUUUCAUUUUUGCGCACAUAUUUUGAUAUUUCCGGCUCGAUGAGUAAUCCGUCUUCGCCACAAACACUGGAUGGGAAUAGCAACGAUGGACAAGCUGUUGAGCAACAGUUUCUUUGGAUGCAUAGUACGGCGAAAAUAAAUCUACCGAGAGCAAAGUACGAUUCCAAAGGACUUUUUAUGUACUUUGAAAAUUAUAAUGUUGAGGCUCGAGAUCGUGUCAAAUGUAUAAGCGCAGCAGAGGGUGUUCCAAUUAGCACCCAGUGGGAAAAGAAAGGAUAUUUUUACCCAACGCAAGUAGCUCAAUUUGCUCUUGCACAUUACAGUAAAAAUCUCACCGAACCACCACCCAGGAUAAAUAUACUGGAGAAUGCCGACAGCAUACGCAACAAGUGGAGUGUCCCAAAGAGCAGCAAUCUUUCAAGAAUUUGGCAUCCUAAAUUUAAUUCAUCUGUCAUCCAAUAUGAAACUGCCGUUGACUUUGACAGUGCCAUUACAUUGAAUAAUAUCAAUCAGGCUUUGGAUUUGGUAUUAGGUGUCGAUCUGCUGUUGAUAACAAAUAGCAGCAGUCUGUUGGUCACUGUGGAAAAUCACGAGACUAAACGUACUUAUCGCGUUCACUAUAUACCAGCCGAUUUACUUCUUAGUGUACAAGAAGACAAUAUUUACUAUGGCUUGGGUGUACAAAGCCUUAAUAAAUGGAGGCAUUUAAUCAGAGAUCUUCAUAUUGAUAUACAAAAGGGUCUCUCUAUUGAGAAUCCAAAGAAGUCCACCAAUAAAGUGAAACGAUCGGAUUUACGUGUGCUCUCUAUAUCAUUUAUGGGAAUAGGCUUUUUCGACAACGUUUCAUUAUCGACCACCAAUCAUUUGGCCCAUUUUUAUGAUGCUGCCGAAUGGUUCAUAAAUCAUCAAGACUUACGCACUGGUGGCUGGCCCAAUCCAGUGCGACGAAGUUUAAAUGGAUUCACGGAGCUUAAACCAGGUUGGUUGUCUGCAAUGGGACAAGGUCAUGCCAUUUCUGUAUUGGCACGAGCCUACUGGCAUUCAGGCGAUAAACGUUAUUUAAAGUCGGCCGCUUUGGGAUUGAAACCAUAUCGUAUAUUUUCGAAAGAUGGUGGUGUGCUGGCACAGUUUAUGGAUAAAUACUUUUGGUAUGAAGAAUAUCCUACAACUCCAGCUUCAUUUGUACUGAAUGGUUUCAUUUACUCCCUAUUGGGUCUUUAUGAUCUCAAUUCGACGGCACCAUCGUUCAUUGGAAAAGAGGCAGGUAAACUUUUCGACCAGGGCAUGCUGUCGCUAAAGAAAAUGUUACUACUAUACGACACUGGUUCGGGAACUAGUUACGAUUUGAGACAUCUAAGUUUGGGUGUGGCGCCUAAUUUAGCCCGCUGGGAUUAUCAUGCUACACAUGUCAACCAACUUCUAUUGUUGGCCACCAUAGAUAGCGAUCCAAUUAUAUCGCAAACAGCCGAACGAUGGAAAGGAUACAUGUUUGGCAAGAGAGCAAAACACAAUUGAGUAGAAAAUAUAAGGGUGGAGCGGUGAAAGCAAGAACUCUUGUCCUUGGCAAGAGACAUUUAAUGGUUCCACCACUUAAUAGUUAAUUAACUUGCAACAAAACAAUUCCUUAGUACUGCUAUGUAUAUGCAUUUGGUACUCAAAACCUCUCUUGUUCUACAAGAAUCUGAUAGUGGAAGAAGACCAUGAUGGAGAAACAAUUAAGUGAUAUUUGCACAUUUGAACUUAAGUAUUUGUUAUUUAUUUUUGUACUUUGAAAUGAGUCGCGAUAGACGAAAAGCCAGACUUUCCUAAAAUUUUAGAAUUUACGAUGAAAUCUUUAUUCUUGUCCUUUUUUCAUUUAACGGUUAAUACUGUUCAAAACAGUAUUCAAAUAUUAGUAGUAUUAGAUUUUGUUUUCUUUUAUUUUCUACUUAUUGUUUAUUUUCAUUUUUUAUGUACAUAAAUAUUUGUAACUUUUAUUGCUGUUUGUGUUGGUGCUUAAAUAGACAUACUUUCGUUUUAAGUUUUAUUUUAAACAGAACUGUACCUUCUAUGAAUGAAUCAAUUACGUAAACUUAAUAAUCCAUUAGCAAAGCUUGAGCAAACAAGAGCAUCUGCCGGAGGCAGCGAAUCACUUGUAUUUCAACUAACCCCAUUUGCCAUGAAUACACAAGUAAAAACUUUUGUAAAAUAAUAAUUCUACGUUUUUCACAUUUUGAAAUUAAGUGAUUCCAAAUAUUUAAGAUUUAUAGAUUUGUAAAAUAAAUAUGUCAUGAAUCACUGAUGAUUUAUUGAAAUGGAAACCUAUACUGUAUUUUCACAGUGCUACUUUUAUACAAACUUUUAUUUUUUUUUAAUAAAGCUUUGCCCAUUUAAGUUGAAGCUUGUUUCUCAUAGACAGCUUUGCUUAAACGGUUUGAUCAAAAAACCAA